CUCUUUACCUUUUCUUAAUCACCACUCUUUCUCUCUCUCUCUCUCUCUCUCUCUCUCUCUCUCUCAACCCUCAAUUAUAUUUAUAUUCUGAUUACCACCAAAAUCCUUAAAACCCAUAUUUCCAUAUAUUUUUUCCAAAUGAAGAAGGAAUCAGUGAGCAACAUGGUGAAGCAGAUGGGCAAUGCUUUAACAAGUUUGGUGAAAAGAAAAGCUCGUGCUCUUAAAGCUCGUCUCAUAGUCUACUCAUUGUUAGCUCAAUCAAAUUUCUUUGUUUCUUCCUCUAUUCCUUUAACAACAAUCUCUACUCAUCAUCACAAUCAGCAACAUUCUCAGUUACAAGCAGUAGUUGAAGAUCAUCAAGUUGCUGAAACAGAGCAAGAAACAGGGGUGUUUACAAAAUAUGAAGAAGCAGAGGCAGAAGCAGAAGCAGAAGCAAGUGGUUCGGUGAUUGAGAUGGUGAAGAAUUCAAAGGAGAAAGCUGGUGAAGAGUUUAGUCUUGAAAAGGAUAUUGAUCAUGUUGCUGAUUUGUUCAUCAGAAAUUUUCAUCGGCAGAUGAGGAUGCAGAAGCAGAAUUCUCUUAAUAGAUCUCACCAAGAACUGCUUUUUCGUUGAACUCUCCGAUUCUUUUUCUUCUUUCUUCGAGUUUAGUGAUUGUGGAGUGGGAAAUCUAAUUAUCGAGGUCUGGGAUGGUAAUUGGUAAGUUAUCCACGGAACAUGGCGUUGGGUUCGGAUUGAGACAACAUAAACACUACUCUGCUUCAUGUUCUUACUGGCCUUUUUUCUUUUUUCUUUUUUGUUUUUAAUCAUAUUCAAUCAAUUGUUAUUCACACACUAUAAUUCAAUAAAUUUUUGUAUAUAUCUUGUA